UCUUUUCCUUUUUCGAAAUGCCUUUUCUUUUUUAUAUGCCUAUGAACACACUAUGAAUAUCUAGAUAUUACGCGUUCGAAGCUCGGCACUCGGCGUCGUGGGUGCAUUUUGUGGUUAGCAAGCAUGCGAUACACGUGAUCGUAACUCAACGUUAAAAUUAGUAAUAAACAUAAACUGAUAGCUGCAUCACAUGGAGCACAACUUGAAUUGCGUAUUUUAAAUCAGUAUCAUUCAUUACAAUGUUAUCACUAACGAGACUCCGGCAAGCUUUAUCCAGUAAAACGGUGCCCUGUUUCAGUCGGUUGCUAUCCUUAAGUCAGGUAAACAACUUCUCUGACUCGAAAAAUGAGAGCAGCAGUCAAUCGAGAACCAACGAAUCACAGGAUGAAUCUGCUACAAAUGACAUGCAGAUUCCCUCGGGUGAGGAGAACGUUUCUCGUCUUCUAAGAGAAGCUGCCACUUACAGCGAUGCCAAGGACACGAGCUGGGCGACAAGUCCUUAUCCAGCUGAUGCUCCGACUUCCGUCGAGGAAGAAGUUGUCAAGCCAAAGAUCGAUCCGUUAGACACUUGUGUUGUACUCUUUCCAGGACAGGGUACCAUUAAAGUUGGCAUGGUGGAGAAGUACUUGCGCUUUCCACAGGCAAAAGAAUUGUUUGAAAUAGCCAACGAGAUUCUGAACUACGAUCUGUUGAAACUUUGCUUGAAGGGACCGCAAGAGAAGCUGAACCAGACCCGCUUUAAUCAGCCAGCCACAGUAGUAACUUCAUUGGCUGCAUUGGAGCAACUCCGUGAAGAAAGGCCUAGAGUAUUCGAAACAUGUAAAGCAACUGCAGGUUAUAGUGUAGGAGAACUGACUGCCCUGAUCUUCUCAGGUGCUUUGUCCUUCGAAGAUGGCAUCAGACUAGUCUCUGUGAGAGGCACUGCGAUGCAGUAUGCUUCUGACAAAUGUCCUCAAGGAAUGCUAUCAGUUUAUUGUACUCCGGCGGCUCAAGUAGUAGAGGCAUGCAAGCAUGCUCAAAAAUGGGCACAGGAUUGUGGUGUAGAAACACCAGUUUGUCAGGUGGCGAUAUACUUGUAUACUCAAACGAAAAUUCUGGCUGGAAAUAUUCAGGCUCUUGAGUAUAUAGAGAAAAAUGCAACGAAAUAUGGACUUUCCAAAUUAACCAGGCUGCCCGUGUCAGGCGCAUUUCACACAAAGUUGAUGGAACCAGCGCUCAAGUCCUUUGGCAAGAUGCUCCACACGUUUGAAUUCGACGAGUUUAGAUGCCAAGUCUAUUCCAAUUAUAAGGGAUGCACUUAUGGCAACACGGGUGUAAUUAAGAAAUACUUACCGAAGCAGAUCGUGUCGUCUGUGAAAUGGGAGCAGAUUAUGCAAUUACUGUAUAACAGACCUGAGGGAAUGGCUUUUCCGCGUACCUUUGAUGUGGGAUCAGGAGGAAGAAUGUCGACGAUCCUGAAGUUAAUUAAUGCAAAGGCGCAUGAACAUUGUAUAGUUGUCUAGCCUCUUUUAUAUUUUUCAACAAUACUGGAGGAAGUCUGAGUGUACAUUUGAUAAGGUUAUUGUGUAUAUAUUUGUUGAUUAACUUUAGUAUAAGAUUAUUUCAAUAUUGUGACAUACAGAA